CACUUAACACAACCUUGCUAUAAAAUGCCUAUCUUCAACUCCAUUUGGUCCAUAAAAAAAAUCAAGAAACAUGGCCAUGAUAAAGAAGAAAGAUUCCACCAUCAAAAGGAAGCAAGGUGGCUUGAUCACAAUGCCCUUCAUCUUUGGAAAUGAAGUAGGUGAGAAAUUGGCUGUGGUAGGAUUUAACACAAACAUGAUAAGCUACUUAACCGGGCAGCUCCACCUGCCCAUGACCAAGGCCGCCAACACGCUCACGAAUUUCGGUGGCACCGGAGCCCUCACGCCUCUUCUUGGGGCUUUCAUCGCGGAUGCAUUCGCCGGGAGGUUUUGGACCAUCGCAAUCGCCUCACUCCUCCUACAAAUAGGAAUGAUAAGUUUGACCGUCUCCGCUAUCCUCCCGAGCCUAAGGCCGCCGCCGUGCAAGGCCGGCGGCAGCGUGCGAUGCGAGGAGGCGGACUCAGGUCAGCUCGCCUUCCUCUACGCGUCGCUCCUCCUCUCGGCGCUGGGCUCGGGCGGGUACCGCCCCUGCAUCGUGUCGUUCGGGGCGGACCAGUUCGACGAGAGCGACCCGCGGCAGAAGGUGACGACGUGGAAGUUCUUCAACUGGUACUACUUCUGCAUGGGCGCCUCCAUCCUGGUGGCGAACACCGUCAUCAUCUACAUUCAGGAAAACGUCGGCUGGGGGUGGGGACUGGGCGUCCCCACCUUCGCCAUGGCCGUGUCGGUCGUGGCGUUCGUGGCCGGGUACCCCAUGUACAGGAAGCUUGACCCUGCAGGCAGCCCCUUCACAAGGCUGCUGCAGGUCUGCGUCGCCGCGUAUUGGAAGAGAAAGCUUUCUUUCUCUUCCGAUACGAGGGCGUUGUAUGAGAAUGAGACGCUUGAUGCGGCUAUUUCGGUCGGGGGUAAACUCGUCCACACCGAAAAUAUGAAGUUCCUUGAUAAAGCGGCGGUUGUUACGGAAAACGACGAUCCUAAGGCCCCUGAUCCAUGGCGGCUCAGUAGCGUCCACCGCGUCGAGGAACUCAAAACCCUAAUCCGGAUGGCCCCGAUAUGGGCGGCCGGAAUCAUCACCAUCACCGCGGCCGCCCAGCAGAACACUUUCUCCCUCAUGCAAGCCCGGUCGCUGGAUCGGCGCCUCGGCCCGAAAUUCGUGAUCCCGCCGGCCUCCAUGUCCGUCCUCACCCAGGCGUCGAUGCUCGCCACCAUCGUCUUCUACGACCGCGUCUUCGUCCCGGCCACCCGCCGCCUCACGGGCCUCGACCGCGGCAUCACCUUCCUCGCCCGGAUUGGGAUCGGCUUCGGCGUCUCCCUCCUCGCCACCCUCGCCGCCGGCUUCGUCGAGGUCCGGCGGAAGGAGGCCGCGGCGGCUCACGGCCUCACCGACGACGGGGCGGCAGCAAUCCCGAUGUCAGUUUUCUGGCUAGCGCCGCAGUACUGCCUCCACGGCGCGGCGGAGACGUUCACGUCGAUCGGGCACCUCGAGUUUUUUUACGACCAGGCGCCCGAGAGCAUGCGAAGCACCGCGCCGGCGCUGUUCUGGCUCUCGAUCUCGGCCGGGAGCUACUUGAGCACGCUGCUGAUCACGGUGGUGCACCGGUACAGCGCCGGCCGUGACGGAUCGAACUGGCUGCCGGAUGAUAAUCUCAACAAAGGGAGAUUGGAGUAUGUGUAUUGGCUCAUCACACUACUCCAGUUCAUCAAUUUGAUUUACUACAUCAUUUGUGCUCAAAUGUAUACAUACAAGCCAUUGCAAGUAAAGGAAUUAGGAGAUCAAGAGAGGGAGAGAGAACAUGGAGUUGAGUUAGUAGAAAAUGCUUAGUACUAUUAUAAUUUGUACAAUUGAAUAAAAUUAGAUUAUGAGAUUA